AUGAGGCUCUGGCUGUGGCUGCUGUUGACGUUUGCCUCGGCGCUCGGCGCACCAGACAGACGGACGGAUCUUCCCAGCAAACAGCAGGCACUAAGGCGGAAGGAUGUGGUCAGGGAGGCGCCGAGGGAUUGCAAGGGUAAAUGUGCGACGAAUAUUGCCCAGAAGGCGGCCGCAGAGGCGAAGGCGGCGCAAGCGGCUCAGAACGCCGCAGGUGCCCAGGCGGCACACAUGGUGAAGACCCAACUGGCAGAGAAGGCGCUACAGGCCGCGAAGGCCGCGGAGGCGGCACUCGCUGGCAAGCAAGCUGUGGUGGAGCAGCUGCAGCAGGAGGUGAAGGAGGCGGAGGCUGUGGUCGCUGAGAACACGGCGGCGGUGCACCAGCAACAAGGCACUGUCAACGCCGCCGUCCAAGCCGCGCAGCAAGCGACCGCACAGCACAAGCUGAUGGUGCAAGCUACCCAGCUCGCCGCGCAGCUCGAGAAGACCGCACACAACGUGCUGGAGAAGACCAAGUUUGGGCUGCAGGAGAAGUGCCACAACCUGUCUGAGGCGCGGGCGAGGUUGGCGCAUCUGCAGCACAAGUUGCAGUGCGCCUGUGCCGAGUGCUCGGCCACUAAACAGGCUGCGCACAGCGCAUGCGAGGCGGCGCGCGCUGCUUGCGGCAACGCCAGAAAGAAGAGGCGCACCCUUGGCCAGCCACCAAGAAUAAGAAGGAAGAGGAAGUACAGACGA